GUUUCAUUAAUAAUGCCGCGACCAAGACGAUCGAAUCUUUCCCGACAAAGCAGUAAUGCAAGAAGACUGCAAAAUACUGUAAAUGCAAGAACUGAAGAACAAGAAAGAAUUGCACGUGAACAGCAACGCGAAAGAAUGGCUCGACUUCGUGCUCGAGGUAACAACAUAGAUCAACAAAUAGUUAACUUGCGAUGCAGAAGAAGAAAUUUGAAUCGAGAAGCAUUUCAAUACGAUUGCAGCUAUGAUUAUAGCUUGCAUCCUAGCGUCUGCAUUGGCAAAAUGGACGUAGUUUGCAAGUAUUGUGGUGCAUUGAAGUUUUCCCAAGAAACGCCUGGAUUAUGCUGCCUUAAUGGUAAAGUCAAAUUGCCAUCGUUGACUCCGCCACCUGAACCAUUGUAUUCAUUGCUUUGUGGCGAAACACAAGAAUCACGCCACUUUCUUGCUAAUACUCAAAAAUACAAUGGUUGUUUCCAAAUGACGUCAUUUGGAGCAGAUAUUAUCGAAGAACGAGGAUUUAAUCCGACAUUUAAGAUACAAGGACAAAUUCAUCAUCGAAUUGGAUCAUUACUACCUUUUGAAGAUACACAGAAUAAAUUUUUACAAAUAUAUUUCAUGGGCAACAGGGAAGAACAACUUGAUCGACGACUAGAGAUCAAUGCAGGAAUGAAGCGAGCAAUUCUUCAAGACUUACAGUGUCUGCUUCAUGAACAUCAUGCGUUGGUCUGGUUGUUUAAGAGUGCUUUAGAGCUCAUGCCAAGCGAUGACUAUAAAGUUGUCAUCAGAGCAGAUAAACGACCAUCUGGAACACACGAAAGGACAUUUAAUGCUCCAAUAGUAGACGAAGUUGCCAUCCUGAUUGUUGGUGAACAAUUGGAAAAACGCGAUAUUGUGCUUUCACGUCGCGACACUGGGCAACUGCAACAAAUAUCUGAAACACAUCGAUCAUAUGACUCAUUGCAAUACCCGCUGAUGUUUUGGCAAGGAGAAGAUGGAUAUUAUUAUAAUAUUAAAAUGAAAAAUCCAUUGAAUGGCGAAGAAACUACAAAGAAUGUUAGCUCAAUGAAUUAUUACGCAUAUCGUUUGAUGAUUCGUCAUAAUGCUGACAACUAUUUGCUGCGGUUUCGUCGAUUGUUUCAGCAAUAUUGCGUUGACAUGUAUGUUAAAAUAGAAACGGAACGUUUAAAUUUCAUUAGGUUCAACCAAGCCAAACUGCGUUCUGAGGAGUACAUCCAUUUACGUGAUGCAGUUAGUACUGAAGGAAAUGCAGCUAAUAUUGGCCGAUUAACUAUUCUGCCGGCGACAUACAUUGGUAGCCCACGACAUAUGCAUGAAUAUGCACAAGAUGCAAUGACAUAUGUUCGUCAUUACGGUCGACCAGAUCUUUUCAUAACUUUUACCUGCAACCCAAAAUGGAUAGAAAUUACUGAAUUGCUGCUUCCCGGACAAACAUCAAGUGAUAGGCACGAAUUACAGCACGUAUAUUCAGGCAAAAAAUUCGGUCCCUGA